CGCCAAGCUGGGAGAGGAGCUGCGACUUGUGGAUCCUGUCAAUCAUCUCGACACACUGACGGACAAAUCAAUAAACCUCCAUCGGAUUAAUGUGAACUCUUCUCCUGUGGAAACUGCAGAUUUAAUGCAAUAAUCAAACAAUAAACCGGGAUUGUUGGAUUAAACAUGAAGGGAGAUCCAAAUCUUGAGCGUCAGGAGGCGGCGGGCGGACAAACAGACACUCCGUUUGGAGAAAGGCGACCGAGCAUUGUGAAAUUACAAGGAGUGCUAAAGAGAGUUUCCCAAAGCCCUUUCCAUCAUCAGUACAGGACUCUUGUUUCAUCAGCCUCUGAUUCCAGUGGAUCAUCUUUGAACGAGUCUCGCAACAAGCAGAACGGUGAGUGUUGUGACCAAUCAUCUACACCGGCGAACAUGCCCGGCGACCAUCUGGACCAGCAUAGGAAUGGAUUAAAGACAAAGGAUAACCAUCUCCUCCCUGCUGCCAACCAGAACGGAGUGAUGGAUCCGGGAACAUCAAAUCUGUUCCAUCCGAGCCCUCAGAAUGGAGUCAAUGGAGGUUUGGCCAGAGUGAACCCUUUUUAUAAAUAUUUUACGGAGACCAGCGGUAAACUUCCUGACAUGGAGAAUACAGAGACGGAAACUUCAGAAGACCCAAGCCUCAAUGCUAUCUUUGCUCCUCCACCUGAAUUCCAAAGUUCACCUCUGGAUUUUGAACCACAAAUUCAGACUUUUGAAAACAACACAGCCAACUCACCAGAACCCCAAAGGGACCUGUUCCAGGCCUUUACCCACAGUCAAACGCAAGACCUCUUCCGAACCUCAACAACGCCCCAGAGCUUGCCUGUGAAUGGUAGUCUUUUUCAUGAUGAAGCCCUGGACUCACCACAGAAUCCCUUCAAAACUUUGCAGUCAAAUACCGCUGACACAGGCAAGGUCAAAGGAGAGGACCUUUUCCGGGCUCCUAAUGAUUUAAUCCAUGCAACACCUGCUAAGGAAGGGAGUCUCUUUGGGACAUUACCCAAUCAUUUUCUGGACCCAUUCAAAUCUCCCUCAAACAAGGAGGAUCUAUUCCAGUCACCACAUUUUAAUGAGGUGAACCCAUUCCAUACCCCAUCAACAGAGGAAGUGGAUUUCUUUCAAGCCAUCCCAGCUGAAGGGGGGUACCUUUUCCAGACUAAGGAAAAUGAUCUUGUCCAAAGUCCCUUCAGUGAGGAAAAAGACCUUUUUGACAUGUCUUCUAAGGGAAAAACAGAUCUGUUUUCACCUUCAUUUACAGAUGAACCAUUCCAAAACAGCGCCAGUGUGUUUGACCCCUUUGGUACUACUCCAUCUCAACAAAGUGACCCUUUCCAAGACUUUUCAAAUGGUACCCCAGACAUUUUUCACCCUUUUCCCUCAAAGAUCAGUGGUUCUGAUUUCUCCCCAGCUGCCAACAGCAACAAUAUUUUUAAAUCAACCCCCAUCAACACAGUGUUAGAGGCCACAAACUCUACACCUUCAUUCUACAGUCCACCAGAAAUGAAGUCGGGCAUACUGGCUUCCUCCUCCUUGGUUGAUAAGUCUUCAGAUCUUGUCAAUGCAACGCCUCCACCUACUCACCGAAUCCACUCAGCCUCCUGUGACAUGCCACAGGAGAUUGUGUUGACCACUCCUCAUGGAUCCAAACAUGGCAUCCUCCAGCCUACUCCUUUCAUCCAGGCCAGGGCUUUGGUCCAGUCACCCAAUGAACAGUCACCCACUGAACAGUCACCACCUGAGCUGACACCAGUGGGCAUGUUCAAACGUGCUCCAAAGCCGCUACCUCGAAGUAGACCACCCAGGCCACCAAAGCCACCCAAGCCUCCAAACAACACUGAGCCUCAACUCACUACUCCAGAAACUCCUCCGAAACCACCCCCCAAACCGCUUCCAAAACCAGUUCCUCGCAGCAGGCACGCUGUUCAGGAGAGCAAACCAGUGGAAGCUGAAAGUUAUGCUGUAUUUGAAGACAUUCUUCUUAUUGGACAGGAAAAGUGUGUGGAAGACUGGCCUGAGGAUAGUCCUCAGCUUGACCCUGACUUCAAACCAUCUGGUAAAUUUAGACUACGGCGGGAAUCCUUGAAGGUGAGGAUGGACUCUGACGGAGGAAGUGGAGAGGAUCAAGAUGGCUCUUGGAAGAAAAAGGAAAAGAAGUUCAAAGUCACCCUACGUUCCAGAAGAGGAUCCAAGGAGAAACAUGAAUCAAAGGUUGCGGGUGACAGCAGAACACUUCCUAGGACUUCGAAGGAUGGUUUUCCAGACACCCACUUUCUCUCUGGGGGAGAGCAUGAAGGUGAAGACCACAAUGACAUGUACUACAAACAAAAGAAACCCCUGAAGACCAAAGUUACCCAGAUCCUUCGAAGAGCUUCCGUUGCUUCCUCUGUCCAUGAAACGAAGCAAAUGAACGGAGACGCAUCUCACUGGUUAAAGGAUGAUGAUCUCUGUAAGCAGAAGGCCAACAGGAAGGAGUCCACCGAACGCCGAUGGUCAGAGGGUGCAGUUUUAGAUGGCAACUCUGGAGGAGAAGAAGACAUAGAGGAAGAGGAUGAAGAGGAGGAGGAGGAGGAAGCCAGGCAUGAGGAAGCAGGCAACCAUAGACUUAAGUCAAAAAAGAAGGUGAAAAUCAAGUUUGUGCCACACAGAGGAUUUGCCAUCAGUGUAGAAAAGACCCACGAGGAACUGAAGGGCACACAGGACCAUACACCUCGGAGAGGAUCCAAGGAGAAACCUGAAGAUGAAGUUCACGGUGCACAUGGCUACACACCUCACAAGAAGUCCCAGCAUGCUUUCAUGGGCGACGACUGCUCGCAAAAAGGAAUGGACCAGGUGCGGCCUGGACGACCUGGAGAGGAAGAUCACUAUGGCAUGGAAGACUGCAAACCUAAGAAACCAGCAAAGGUGAAACUGCUGCACGUGGGUCGUCUCAAAUCGAAGGACGAGAUGUUUGAUGACUUCACUCCUCAGAAGAGCAGCGUUUCAGCAGGAGAGAUGGACGAUGAAUUCCCAAAUUGCAUGGAGGACUGCAAACCGAAGAGCUCCAAAUAUAAAGGGUCUCGUCACAUGCAUCCCAAAAACAAGAUAGCCCAUGAUCCCGUCCUGUACGAGAGCUCACACAUCGGACUGAACCACCAAACACCCCGACGGACAUCCGACCAGGGAGUGUUUGAUGAUGAUGAUGAUGAUGCUCCUCAAAAAGGAGCAGACCUCUGGAAUCCUGCAGAGCCACAUAAAUAUGAAGAUGAUGAGAUAGAAGACCUCAAACUGCAGAAGAAGCCAGCGAAACUCAAAGGCCUCAAGAAAUACAAAGACAAGAGAGAGGCUAUGACACUGGACGAUGAAAAUCCACCAGGAGCGACGUCGAGCAACUACUACCUGUCUGAGGCAGCUGAGGCGGAGUGGCUGGCAGCACAGAGGGAUGAGCGUCUUGCAUCUGGUUGGGAGGAGAGCGAAGAGGAAGGGGACACGGACAGCUUGAUGGAGUGGUGGAACACCGUGGAGCAAUGGGAUGAGGUGCCCUCUGAUGAUGAAGACAAGGCCUUAAAAGAGGACGAGAGCAAGUCCUUCACCAUCUUGGCGGAGAAGGUUCACCUCGGCCUACGCGUCUUCAACAAGGUCUUCACCGAGCGCGCUGAGGUCCUCUGGCAGUACAUCAUCAUGCUUCACGCCUUCGCUGACGACAUCAGCGAAUUCCACCAGAAGGCCAAGAUUGCCAACAUCACCGGCAGCACCACCACGGCCGUCGGGGGUGUGACGGCCAUCGCCGGUCUGGCUCUGGCUCCCAUCACCUUCGGCGCGUCUCUCAUUGUUACCGCCGUCGGUGUGGGUGUUGCAGCGGCGGGUGGGAUUACUACAGCAUCAGCGACCAUCUCGGACAACGUUAACAAUAUGCACGAUCGGAAAAAGGCGGAGGACGUACUGCAGAACUAUGAGACUCAUCUGGUGGACAUCAGCAAGAUCCUUCACUUUGUCAAUCAGGGCUUAUACAGACUCCGGGGCCAUCCUUUCCUCAGGACGGGCACCCAGCACUACUCCGAGGACUGGGAGAUCCGCAGGGCCGUCCAGAUGAUCAGCCUGGUCGACGUGCCCGUGAUGCGCGCGUGCGAGAUCACCGACGACGCCUUGGUCUCGGUCCAAGGGCUCUUCAAAGGCAUGGAGAAGUACUAUGUCAAAGACUCCCGUGAGCUGAAGAAAGGCUGCAAGAAAGAGGUGGUGGGUCAGAUCAAAGCAGUGGCCAAGGUGCUCAAUGACGGGCUGGUGGAGCUCAAUGACAUCAGGCAGGAGCUGCAGGAUGCAAAUGGAGACUUGUGAACUACAUCUGCCAAGGUCAAACACCAUUCAGGUGAUUUUAUGUUGAACACCAUCGCCCUCUCCUGGCUAAACUGGGGAACUAUCUCUUAAAAGGACUCCAUGCCCCAGUAGGCAUUACAUUAGUUUAUAGGGGGGAAAAAAAUUAAAAAUCCCAGCAUCAGUGUACAAGGCAUAAGUAAGAAACUGUCAUGUGCUCUGCGUUCUGACCACAUCAUCUCAUUUUUAAUAUAGUUCUCAUCUCUGUCAUGUGGGAUUGUGUUGUGCAUACAAAAUGAAAUGGACAUUGCAUUGUUCCUGGGAGUCUCCUUAAUGCUGAUGUAUUUUUUAAAUACCCAAGAAUACCUAAGAGUCACAAAACUCACUCCAAAACAGAAAUGGAGAAAUUGUUGUUUGUUUGCUUUUUAAUCUCAUUGAACAAAAAUAUAUAUACCUGCCACAAUGAAUGUCUGAAUGGCACUAUAGAUUGAUGUUGGAUAUGAAACAUUUUGGGCACAUUUAUUUGUUUAAGUUCUGACUUUUUGCACAAUCCACUGUUACCCUGUGACUUUCCCUCACCAAACACUGGAGACAUUUUUGGUCUUGCCACGUGGCCUGUAUGAGUGUGCGUGUAAAUGUGCGUGACUAAUUGUAAUGUAUUGUUAAUUGUUUUAACAUGAAGAGCUUCUAUCAUAUUCUAUUUAAAAAUACCCCAAUUAAAACACACAUAUUCAGAUGUCAUUGUAUUAAUUAAUUUUGUGAAUAAAAAAUAUUGAACGGUUUCAA